AUGGAUAGAUGCAAACAUGUAGGGCGGUUACGGCUCGCCCAGGACCACUCCAUCCUGAACCCUCAGAAGUGGUGCUGCAUGGAGUGCGCCACCACCGAGUCCGUGUGGGCUUGCCUCAAGUGCUCCCACGUGGCCUGCGGCCGCUACAUUGAGGACCACGCACUGAAACACUUUGAAGAGACUGGACACCCGCUAGCCAUGGAAGUCCGGGAUCUCUACGUGUUCUGUUACCUGUGCAAGGACUACGUGCUCAAUGAUAACCCAGAGGGGGACCUGAAGCUGCUCAGAAGCUCCCUCCUGGCAGUCCGGGGCCAGAAGCAGGACCAGCCCGUGAGACGCGGGCGGACGCUGCGGUCCAUGGCUUCGGGCGAGGACGUGGUCCCGCAGCAGCGCGCUCCUCAGGGACAGCCGCAGAUGCUCACGGCUCUGUGGUACCGGCGCCAGCGCCUGCUGGCCAAGACGCUGCGGCUGUGGUUCGAGAAGAGCUCCCGGGGCCAGGCGAAGCUGGAGCGGCGGCGGCAGCAGGAGGCGCUGGAGCGCAAGAAGGAGGAGGCGCGGCAGCGGCGGCGCGAAGUCAAGCGGCGGCUGCUGGAGGAGCUGGCCAGCGCCCCUCCGCGCAAGAGCGCGCGGCUGCUCCUGCACGCGCCCCGCGACGCGGGCCCGGCCGCCGCGCGCCCCGCCGCCCUGCCUACCUCACGCCGAGCGCCCGCCGCCGCCCUCAAGCCGCGCCGCCAGCCGGCCGUGGCCCCGGGCGUCACCGGCCUGCGCAAUCUGGGCAACACCUGCUACAUGAACUCCAUCCUCCAGGUGCUCAGCCACCUCCAGAAGUUCCGAGAAUGUUUCCUGAACCUUGACCCUUCCAAAACGGAACAUCUGUUUCCCAGAGCCACCAACGGGAAGGCUCAGCUCUCCAGCAGGCCGGCCAGCAGCUCGGCCACCGAGCUGUCCUCGAGGAACGACAGGGCCGAGGCGUGCGAGCGGGAGGGUCUCUGCUGGAAUGGCGGGGCCUCCAUCAGCCGGAGCCUGGAGCUCAUCCAGAACAAGGAGCCGAGCUCGAAGCACAUUUCCCUCUGCCGCGAACUGCACACCCUCUUCCGAGUCAUGUGGUCCGGGAAGUGGGCCCUGGUGUCGCCCUUCGCCAUGCUUCACUCUGUGUGGAGCCUGAUCCCUGCCUUCCGUGGCUACGACCAGCAGGAUGCGCAGGAAUUUCUCUGCGAGCUGCUGCACAAAGUGCAGCAGGAACUCGAGUCAGAGGGCACCACGCGCCGCAUCCUCAUCCCCUUCUCCCAGAGAAAGCUCACCAAACAGGUCUUAAAGGUGGUGAAUACCAUAUUUCAUGGGCAGCUGCUCAGUCAGGUUACAUGUAUAUCAUGCAAUUACAAAUCCAAUACCAUUGAGCCCUUUUGGGAUCUGUCCCUAGAAUUCCCUGAACGCUAUCACUGCAUAGAAAAGGGGUUUGUCCCUUUGAAUCAGACAGAGUGCCUGCUCACUGAGAUGCUGGCCAAGUUCACAGAAACAGAGGCCCUGGAAGGGAGAAUCUACGCUUGUGACCAGUGUAACAGCAAACGACGAAAAUCCAAUCCAAAACCCCUUGUUCUGAGUGAAGCUAGAAAGCAGUUAAUGAUCUACAGACUACCUCAGGUCCUCCGGCUGCACCUUAAAAGAUUCAGGUGGUCUGGCCGUAAUCAUCGAGAGAAGAUUGGGGUCCAUGUCGUCUUUGACCAGGUAUUAACCAUGGAACCUUACUGCUGCAGGGACAUGCUCUCCUCUCUUGACAAAGAGACCUUUGCCUAUGAUCUCUCCGCAGUGGUCAUGCAUCACGGGAAAGGGUUUGGCUCAGGACACUACACAGCCUAUUGCUACAACACAGAGGGAGGUUUUUGGGUCCACUGCAAUGACUCAAAGCUGAAUGUAUGCAGUGUCGAGGAAGUGUGCAAAACCCAGGCCUACAUCCUUUUUUACACUCAAAGAACAGUGCAGGGCAAUGCAAGAAUCUCAGAAACCCAACUCCAAGCUCAGGUGCAGUCCAGCAACAACGAUGAAGGCAGACCACAGACAUUCCCCUGAAUGGGAGGCAUGUAUCAAAGACUGACUUGCUUUUAAACUAUUGGUGUCCAUACAUCUUUCCUCUUGUAGGAAAUAAGGCUUACUGCAGGAACAGAUUACUAGCUUUGCCUCACUGGGUCUUGAGUAGAAGGUACCAGGUGAUUCAUGUCCUACCAUAAAUUUUAUAGUUACUUUCUUUUGAAUGGAUUUGGAAAUUCCCCCCUUUCAUAAAAAGAAAUCAAAAGGAAUAACUUCUAUUCAUCAGUUGCUUGUGAAGAUAAAGGGAUCUGGGUGAAGGAAAGGGGGUAAAUUGAUCGUAUCCAUGCAGGAGAGCAGCCAUGUUUUCUCUCCAUUGUGUGAUUCCCCUGCUAAUCAGGACCUCCUUACAGCACCAGAAGAACCCUCCUGAUGUGAGCAGCCCUGGAUAAAGCACAUGAGGGGGGCCCUGGGCUGGCAGCUUGCUAGAUGGGAUUGGUUCCAAGGUGGGAAAUGAAGUCUAAGGAUUUAUUCCCACAAAGGAAGUGGGAAUAGGAUUGAAAACUUGUAUACUUCCUUUUUUAGGGGCUAGCAGUUGAAGUGAGUGACAUGCAUGGAGCAAAUUGCCCCAUGCAUAAUGGGAGGGUUUUCUUGUGUCAUACCCUUGGUGGCUGCUGCUGUAAUUUAAUCAUUCUAAACUUCUUGAGACUGGCAUGAAUACUCUCCUUCAUUCUAAAGAAGGGGCCAUUCAUAUAAAGAAGCAAUAGACUAGUAUAUGUUCUUGGUUGCAUGCUGAGCCAAAGGGCACUUCUGGCUAUCCCAGUUCUGUAGCAGAUUCCUGGUGCAGGUCUAGGGCAAGCACAUGGUUUGGUUUAAAUUCGUCCUUAGAUCAGCUGUCUGAGGCUUUCUCAGAACUCAGUUGAGGGUGGGCAGGGAUAGCCGGUGGUCCAGGUUUUAUUUGAAUGCCUGUCACCUGUUCUCACCUUGGUACAGCACGCAGCUUCUUAACCUACAGCUUCUUUCUGCUCCUGGAGAGCUAGAACAUUCAUGUUCGCAAGAUUUGGUAGCUUUUGCUUUCCUAGGGUAUGGGAACUGCUUAGGAAUCUAACCCCUACAUGUCCGGACAGUUUACUGCUGAUGGCCUUGGACAUCAGGGCUGGUAAAAUACAUCUUUCUUUUUAAAUUGGCUCAGUUUCUAAAUAGAAUAAAAUUGCCUACACAAAACCUCCCCUUCAGGCACCACUGAAUUUCCCUUUUUUUUUCCUUAUUUAUUUAAUAACACUGUCCCUGAGGAUGAAUUUCCCUUCUUAGUCCUUCACUUAGAUUCACCAGUGAAAGCAAAAGCAAACCCUAACUCUCAUUGGUGUGGUUGCUGCAGUGAGCCUCAACCUGUCACUAUGAAUGCUCAUCUUUUGACUGAGUAUAUCAUAUUAAUGUUUGAAUUCAGGUAGAAGUACAGUUGUCACUUGAAGGGAGUAGAUGUGGAAGGGAGCUUGGGGAGGGGUGGGAAGUUGGGAAAGUGAGGCUAAAGAAUGAGGGUCAUAGCUUUAGCAAUGUUGAUGAGCCACAUUUCCCGAACAGAUCUGUAGCAUUUGCUGUUGACCUCUUUUGAGAUGAACUCUCCCCUAGGACCUGCCAGGUAGCACUGAGACAUGGAGGAAAUUCAGACAAAAGGCUCACCCUGAUAGGGAAGGAGUUGACUAUGUUUUAAAUUAAACUUGCUUUUCCAACACUGUGAGAUUUCUGUAAUAUUUAGCUUUUAUUUGGAAGCGAUAGCGUAUGGCAUUUUUUAUGCUGUUUGGUUUAUAUUGUCUACUGCAGGCUUCUUUGUAUAAGCUUUGCUUGGGCUCACCCUCUCCUGGACACUGUUUUAAAGUGUCACAGCUGCCCAUGCUGCCAGAGGCUCUGAUGUGAAGCCGUAUUCUUGAGAUCUACAUUUUAAAGUCGGCAUGAUUGGUAAUGACUUUUUGUGGCAAUAGAAAAUCCCAGUAACUCAAAAAAACCAAGGAGAGUAAAACAGAGAGGAAACUAUGAAUUGUGCCUCAUCUUUCAUUGAACCCUGUAUUUAUUAUUCUAGUAAAAGAAAAACUUACAAAAUAGAGAAUACUAGAGAGCAUCUACUUCACCCCUCAGACUAAGGGGGAAUACUUAUUAAUAAACAAACAUUUAAUGGAAAAUUAAAAGAGCUUCAAAUUUAAUUUUUAAAAUAGUUUUAUACCAAAUAUUGUAAGGAUUAUUAGGCAGAUUAAGGACUUUGUGAAAUAAGUGCUUAACUUAGCUGAACACUCAUGUAUCAAAUUGAUAAAAGAAACCAACAUCAGAGUCUCCACUGAGCUACACACUCAUGGAGGUGCCCAUUGCAGUCUCAGACACCUCAGGUACCCAGAGGCAGCAGCACUAGACACUUAGGAAGUUAGUAUUUAAGGAGAUUUUUAUUAAAGAGUUCCCUGCUGCAUAACCCAAUGUUGUGAGGGAAAUGUCCCUUUGCCUUUAAUUUAUUUACAUAUUAGGAGUAGAUGAAUGUCUCAGUUGCAUCUUACAUUAAAUUGAAACAUUCUAAAGAGAAGAAGAUAAGAACCAGGUAGACGUUGACUUAGAUGCUGCCAAAUCAAACCCAAGGUCUCCUAACUGAACCUUAAUGGGCCUACUUCUCUCCCAGGGCAAGUAGUUGAGUCCUCUUCCAGGAACCCUUUGUAGUUGGCUGGCGUGUUUACUUGCUGCUGUAGCCAGCCAGGAUGAGUGCACCCUGGCCCUCAAAAAGGAUUUUUUUACCUCAAACUAGCCUGACCCUCAUACUUGUGGUUGCCUCUGAGAUGAGCAUCCGUGCUAGUGUAAAAAAAAUUAGGAAUGCCCUUGGCAGUCAGAUAUUGAAGCUGUUAUUAAAUGGUGGGCAGAGCUCUUGCCAGCUUUGAGCCAGCUCCUCUCGGGCUGGGUGGGGGCAGUGCCACACUGUAAAGAAUUUCCAGAUGUCUCUUAAAAUGUCAUGAAUAAAAUUGGAAACUGUAGAAGUGUUAA